AUGGGUAAAUUCCUGUCAAAGAUUUUUGGGAAGAAAGAGCUUCGAAUAUUGAUGUUAGGACUAGACGCUGCCGGAAAAACAACGAUUUUGUACAAACUGAAACUCGGACAAUCUGUGACGACAAUUCCCACAGUUGGAUUUAAUGUGGAAACAGUAACCUAUAAAAACAUCAAAUUUAAUGUUUGGGAUGUCGGAGGUCAGGACAAAAUCCGCCCAUUAUGGCGGCAUUAUUAUACGGGAACGCAAGCUUUAAUUUUUGUAAUGGAUGCUGCAGAUCGCGAUAGGGUUGACGAGGCGCGCGUCGAAUUACACAGAAUUAUCAAUGACCGCGAAAUGAAAGACGCGAUUAUUCUAGUGUUUGCAAAUAAACAAGAUUUAGCCGAUGCAAUGAAACCGACGGAAAUACAAGAUAAAUUAGGGUUAACGCGGAUUCGAGAUAGGAAUUGGUAUGUACAACCCUCCUGCGCUGCCACAGGCGACGGCCUCCAUGAGGGUCUCACCUGGCUGAGCCAGAAUUGCAAACCAUGA